GGGGGGGUUGUUGGACAGCUCAUCACUCAUCACUGAAUCGGGAGGAGUACAAAAUAUUGAGGUAAAAAGGUGAGAGGGGGUGAUUGGGCAGUUUACCGAUUGGCUGCCCAGAUAGAGUGUUCGGUCUGUCUUGGAUGCAGCUUGAGCUUGGUUAUGUGAGGUGCUUCGAGGUGCAUAUUGGCGGCCUGGCUUGCCUGCCACCGUCGGUAUUACAUGGGGUCGAGUGGCUGCUGGGGGGUGGAGAAGUGCUUAUCCCAACCUUUUUGUUUAAUUUUUUUAAUCAAAAUGAUUAUCUGAACUUUUACUUGUAAUAACUUUUUGAACGACUGACACGACUUUCUUUUGGAGUUUGACGUUGUUUUUUUGGUUGAGGGGGGAAAAAAAGAAGUGGAUAUGACGAAGAGCGGUCAACAUUACUACACACAGCGAUAGAGGACAAACAAGGACAGAGGACGGCAAGUGAGGAAAAGGAAAAGGGAAAAAAAGCAAGACGAAAUAUGGAUGAUUACAUGUUCAAGAGCUAUGUCGCCGACUGCAAGGUUGCGCAGGAGGCGACGAGUUAUCUGGAGAUUUUCAACUACUCGGACCCAUCCCUCAGCACGGUAGAAGAACACCGCUUCCGACUAGACGAGCUACCAGAUGAAUUUGGGAACUUCUGCCAUCGCCGGGGCGCAUUCGCACCCCCCAAACUAAAACCCGGCGUCUCCCUCCUCUCCGGUAUCCGCCUCAUCCUCCAGCAAAACGCCAAACACCCCGAGACCUUCACCCCCUCCUACAUCUCCCUCUCACACUCAAACUACACCCUCAUGGUCCGGGCCCUCAAGCUCCCCUUUCGAGGAAUCGAAUCGACCUCGGUCGUGGGACCCUUCUUCUGGUGCGCCCUCGACCCCGACGUCGACCCUUCUUCUUCCUCCACCCCGCCAAACCUGCAGCUCAUCUUCCGCAAAAGCGACGUCCGAAAAAAGGGCCUGACCCGCGGCUGGGAGCUGAUGCUGUCGCACGACUUUUCCACGGGCAUCACGACCGGUUUUGCCAAAGGAACGCCGAGCAGCGACAUGGUCACUGCCAUCAAGCAUCUGAAGGAGUGCGCUGGGCAGGUUUUGCAUCCUUUCCUGCUCCCGAUCAUUGUUCUGUCUCAUGACUUGAGCGCAAAGAAUGAUCAGAAGCAGAGGGAUGCGAGGGAGUGGUUGAGGAAGCUGGAGCACGCGGUUAGCAUGAGGAAUGAGGUCUUGGAGGAGGAGGCGCAGUAUAUAAAGGAUAACAUGGUUGAUCUGGACCAGAUCAACCGGGAUCUGGUCGAGUGUCACUCGCAGGUGCUGUGGAAGAGGCCGCAGGCGUAUUUGGAGAUUGUGAGGGUUAUGAAGGAGGGGAUGGGCGAGUUUUGGGCGAUUGUGGAUGGGAUGAUGGACAGUGAUGGAGGGGGGAGUAGGUAUAGGGUGGGAGGGGAGACGGGAAAGGUGCACAGGAGCAUGCUGGCGAGGUUGGAGUUUUAUCGGGCAAAGCUGAAUGGGAUCGAGAACUACGCUCAUACUACGCUGGAGAGGUUGGGGAUUCAGAGGGCGGCGCUCUACAACAUCAUCGCCCAGAAAGAGUCAAAGCUCUCCCUCAAGAUGGCCGGGGAACAGCGCCGCCUCGCCCACAACGCCAAACGCGAUUCCUCCUCGAUGAAGACCCUCUCCCUGCUUGGCGCGAUAUUCCUCCCGGCAACCUACCUCGCUUCGGUGUUCAGCAUGACAUUCUUUGACUUCAACGACAACAACAAUCACUCCCGCAACAACGGGCCCGUCUCCAGCGGUGGCGGUGGCGAAGAAAGAGAGAACCAGGUCGUGUCCCCGGAUUUAUGGAUUUAUUUCGUCAUUACUGUUCCAUUGACGCUGCUGAUUGUCCUGAUCUGGAGGAUAUGGGACAAGCGCCGAGACAAAAAGUACGAAGCCGAAGACGCAGACAUCGAGAAGGGGAUCGAGGCAAUGGAGCAGCAGAUAAUGACGGCCAUGAGGAAGAGGACGCUGAGCAAGGUUAGGACGUGGGAGGUCGGGAAGUUUUAGGAGGAGGAAGUGGUUGCUCAUGAUGGACGAAAAUCACGACUUGGUAUGAUUUACGAUCACGACCGUAUACGAGAUUGAUGAAGAAAAAGAAAAAAUGUUGGAUACCAUUCGGAUUUUGCUGGCUGGACAGCACCGUUGGUUCAAAAGAGGACCGAAAGAUAUGCUCAAAAUAAAGCGCCAUCUAAUGCAGCAGGUAUCUCUAUAAUACACUUCAAAGUACAUUCCGACGUCUCCAUCAUGCAAACACCCUUCUAAAUC